AAUCCCUCAGGUAUACGGCCCGGUGACUGUCAGCUUGCAGGACUGGACGCUCGCCUUCUUGCAGAGUCAUCCGCAAUGGCAGCAGUUGAAGAGGUUCAGGAGACCGCAGCCGUGAGCGUGGGCGCCCUUCUUGACGCGGGGGAAGGCGCAUUCGUGACGCUGGUGGCGGGCGAGACGCGGCUGGCGGCGCACCGGGCGGUCCUGGCCGCCAGGAGCCCCGUGUUCCAGGCAAUGUUCCAACACGACACGCUGGAGGCCAGCAGCGGCCACGUCGUCGUCACAGACGUGGAGGCCCCGGUGAUGAGGGAGCUGCUGGGCUACAUGUACAGCCUCCAGGCCCCCCAGCUGCCCGACAUGGCGCUUAAGCUGCUAACUGCCGCCGACAAGUAUGGCGUGUCCGGGUUGAAGGCUGCCUGCGAGCAGCAAGUGAUCACUCAGCUGGCCGUGGAGAACGCGGCGGCCACGGCGGUGUUUGCGGUGAGGCAUUCCUGCACAAGCCUGACGGCGGCCACAGUCGCCUUCAUAAGGGCCCACAACUUCCAGGUAAUGGCCACGCAGGGAUGGGCAGAUGCGAUGCGCAGCCAGCCUGAAGACUUAAUCGUAGUGAGUCGGCUGCUUGCUAACCCACCUGCAGACACCAGCGCGCCAGCCACCCACGCCGCUGCCGCAGCUGCGCCGCCCACGGCUGCCUCCGACACUCCUCCACUGUUCGACGCUGCCGUCUCGUACUACCGGAGCCUUCCGGAAGAGGAGAGAGCCAGAAGGUUGAGACAGGCUGCUACGGAUGGGGCAGUGGAGGAACUGCGGGCACUCCUCGCGGCAGGUGUGGAUGUUGGGGCUGGCGACGAGAAGCUACUGACUGCCCUGCACUGUGCAGCGAGGGAGGGGCAUGUGCAGGCGGUGAGGUGUCUGCUGGAUGGUGGCGCCCAGGCAGACACCAGGAGCAACGCGCAGAACACGCCUCUACACCUGGCUGCGUGGAAAGGCCACGCGGCUGUGGUGCGGCUCCUGCUGGCCUCCUCCGCUGACCCCAACGCGAGGAACAGAUUUGGGAAGACGCCGCUGCACAGGGCGGCACUCGACGGUCAUGCAGAGGCGGCAGCUGCGCUGUUGGACGCAGGGGCUGACAGGAGUGCCAGGGAUAGCGAUGGGGAAAGCCCCCUGGACCGUGCCAGGCAGAACGACCACCACGAGCUGAUAGAGAUGCUGACGUAACAUUUACAGUCCAAUGACUAUACUUUGGGAAAAGGAAUAAUAUUCACUGCAUAGCUUCCCGUUAUUUAUAAUAAAAAAAUACAAAAAAUUAA